CAGAUCACUGUCGGUGUGUCAGCAAUGCCUAGCAAACCUGCACCUAUUAAAAAGUCUCCAGCCAAAAAGGCUGCAGAGAAAGCACCUGAGCCUGCUCCAGAGCCUGAACCUGCUCCACCUGCAGAAGCUCCACCUGCUGAGGCACCAGCUGAGGCAGCAGCUGCUGUUUUUGAGGAGGAAGCAGCUCCUGCCGCCCCAUCAGGGGACACAUCUGCAACUGAGGGAGCUGCUCCAGCUGCUGCUCCCAUUGCUAAAGACAGCGCUGCUCUUCCUGACACAGAUGCUCCAACAGAUGCUGCUCCAGUGGAAACUGUAGUUGAGGAGCCUCCCAAGGCCCCCACUCCCCCUCCUCCUGCAGUCCCCAGCAGUGCUCCACUAAAUGUAUCUGUAGAGGAUGUGAAUGACUCCAGCCUUACCAUUAAGUGGAAAACACCAGAGGCUGUCGGUAGCUCAGGCUUGAGCGGAUACACUAUCGAGUACUGCAAGGAUGGGACAACAGACUGGAUUGUAGCUAACGAGGAGUUGACCUUGGCUGACCGCUACUGUAUCAGGGACCUGACAGCUGGGGACCUGCUGCAUGUACGCGUCGUGGCCGUAAACCCAGGAGGCCGCAGUGAACCUGGGGUGCUUCCAGAGCCUGUUCCAAUCCGUGAGAUCCCUGAAAAACCCAAGAUCCGCUUGCCUCGCUCUCUCCGAUCCUGCUACGUCAGGAAGGUUGGAGAGCAGAUCAACAUUGUCAUUCCGUUCAUCGGGAAGCCCAAACCUGCAGUGUCCUGGCUAAAGGAUGGCCAACCUUUGGAUAAAAAGAGAGUCAACAUCAGGAACAGUGACUUCGACAGCAUCAUGUUCAUCCGCAGUGCUGAGAGGGAUGACUCUGGCAUUUACGAGAUGACAUUAAAAGUGGAGAGCUUUGAAGACAAAGCAACCAUCACCCUUCAGAUUGUUGACCUCCCGGGUCCACCUACGAGUGUGAAGCUGGUAGAUGCGUGGGGUUUUAACGCUGCACUGGAAUGGACUCCACCAAAGGACAACGGAAACUCUGAUAUCACUGGAUACACUGUUCAGAAGGCCGACAGGAAAACUGGGGAAUGGUUCACAGUGCUGGAGCAUUACCAUAGAUUAACAGCCACCGUGUCAGACCUAAUCAUGGGUAACUCAUACUUGUUUAGGGUGUUUUCUGAAAACCAAGUUGGAAGGAGUGAGAAUAGUGCUGUUACCAAGAAUGCAGCAACAAUCCAAAAAACAGGUAUUGUCUAUAAACCUCCUGAGUAUCAGGAACAUGACUUCAGCGAGGCGCCAAAGUUCACUACACCUCUCAUCAACCGUGCAGCCACUGUGGGAUAUACUACCAAGCUGCUGUGUUCUGUUCGAGGAUGCCCCCGACCCCAGAUUGAGUGGUUGAAAAAUCAGAUGCUUAUUGGAGAUGACCCCAAGUUUCGUAAGAUUUCUAAUCAAGGCAUCUGCUCAUUGGAGAUCCGCAAGCCCUGCAGCUUUGAUGGUGGUGUGUACACCUGCAGAGCCAAGAACGCUCAGGGUGAAGCUGUGGUCUCCUGCAAACUGGAGGUCAAACAGGUCAUUCUUCCAGACGCUGCCAAAGAAAAAGGAAAAUAAGAAAAACAAAGCAAUUUAAAGGAACAGCAGAUGUCUUGGUCUUAAGUGUUAAGAGUAUGUGUGGAGAUAUAGCGGCUGGCUGGGAAGAAGCAUGUAGGCAAUGAAGAUGGGGACAAGGCAACAAGCCAACAUCCAAAUAUUUAUUUACAAACUAACGUCUUGACAACUGCUCUACUUAUAAAAUGCAAUACAGGCUCAUUUUCAGUGUUAGUUUAGAUGGAGAUGUGUAUGUAAAACUAUAUUUUACACUUUUACCUGCUUGUGUUUAGAUUUAGCCUACAAUAAAAAAAAUACAUUUAUUAAAUGGGCUAAAGCAAAACCUCAUCAUGUUAAUUAAAAGUGUAUUUUAUUACAAGUCAUGUGGGUUAUGUUGUGUCCUUUAAGGUAUGUUAAACUGAGCAAAUUAGAAUUUUGGUGGACAUUAAUAUCUCCUUAAAUUGGAAUAUCAUUGAAAAGUUUAUUUAUAUUAGUAAUUUAAUAAUAAAAAAGGAUAUUCAUUUCAUACAGGAUUACUUAUUUUGAUAUUUAUUGUGUGUUUACUUGGUUUAUAGAUACUGAAAAACCAACUAUAUAGUUUUCAUCAAAUUUGAUUAUAUAAGACCACAUCAUUAUUUUUAUUUUCUAUAAAGGACUGAUUUUUUUUAGCCAUGUCAUGGGCUACACAAUAAUGGAAAAGACUGCUGACCUGACAGUCAUCUAGAAGUCACUGUCACUCUUUAUGAC